AUGGCUUUGGUGUCAUGCUUAGAUCUUGAAACAAGUGAGCCUUUAGACUUGUCUGCAUCAAAGAGAAGGAGAAGAGAUGAAAGUGGAGAUCAAGGAACUUGUACAGGGACUACAAAUGCAAGCACCUCACAUCAUGAAAUGGGCACUGCCAUCUCCAAAAGCGCUUGCAUUAUAGCAGAAGCCAUUCAGACAAUCGAGGAAAGAGAAGAGAGGCGGCACAGAGAGCUUAUGAGCUUGCAUGAGAAAAGGCUGAGGAUCGAGGAAUCUAAGUUAGAGACCAACAAGAAAGGUAUAAAUGGCCUUGUUCAUGCCAUUAACAAGCUUGCCAAUUCCAUCAAUACCUUGGCUUUCCACCAUAACCAAUCCUCUCCAAAUUAA